AGGCUUCGGCUGGUCGUGUCUACUUAUUUAUGGACGUGUUUUGAUUUGUUAAUGCGGGCUAAGAUACUUGAUCCUGCUUGCUCUUGGCUUCUGCAUAUUCCAAUCUCGAACUGGAUAUAUGUAAAGAUGAGGAUUGCCGCAUGGUCCAAGUUGUUUUGCGAAGCUCGAGGUACACAAACUGUCAGCGAUGCUUUUGAGAGUUGCAGUAUGAUUGCUGAGCAUUGAAGAGCAAACAUUUCAUAGGUUAACUCUACUCGCUUGUAGAUCGAAUCGGAUUUGAUGGAAGAUUGAGCUGAAUUGUAGGAAAAGAAUAAAUUGAAAGUCAAGAUGCCUUUCCAAAUCCCUCCACGCUCUCGGCUCGAUUCUAAGAGUCCAUUUCGUCUCUCCAGAAGCAGGAUGCCACCCUAUUCAACCUUUUAUAUUUCGGAGGAUUCUUUAGCACUGGGAAACGAAACAGAUGAUACUGUUGAUAAGAGAAAAGUAAGGGAAGAGGAACCAGCUAUUCCUUCAGAAUGGUCUUUGGGUAUACUACCCACUGUGCGACGGUACCCGGGAAGCACUAUCAGGUCUUCAACCAAGGGUCGGGACCCUCAGUCCGAUGAAGAGUCCCUCACAGGAAGUCGUCGAAGUCAAUAUCGGAAUAUAAUCAAAUAUCCAUUACCCGGACCUUUGUCACCACACCUUGCUGAGAAUAGGAAACUAUGGAUUAAGAUGUUUGUCGUAUUUUUUGUGUUGUUAGUCACCACAAUCAUGGGUACAAUGUCUAUAUACUGGGGCGGUGAUCAUUCACUUCAAUACAACAUACCAGUAUUAACCAUCGCGGUGAUUGAUUUUGAUCAUUCAGAGGUUGGGAGAUAUCUCCAAGACAUGACGACAGCGGCACGGGCCAAAGAUUACCAUCAUUCGCUAGGGUUUGUGAAUCAAGAUGGGGAUUCCAUGUAUGGUAACGUGGAGAACGUUCGAGCAGCUUUGCACGACCAGAAGUUUUGGGUUGGAGUUGUAGUGAUGGAAAAUGCUACCAAGGCCAUGAAUUAUGCUUAUGAAGUAGGGGAUGAACCGUAUGAUCCGAAUCAUGCGAUAUCUGUUUUCUACGAGGAAUCUAGGAAUGCACUGGUUAUUGCACAAGCGGUAUAUCCUAAAUUACUAGAUUUUUUGAACAAGUUUGUGCUUGAAUUUACGAAGCAGAAACAGAGCAGUUUGCUGCAGGGAAUUAAUGGGUCAGAUGUGACAGCUUUGCAGAGACAGGCUCAAAAUCCUGUUGCAGCAGGAUUUACAGUCUUUAAUAUGGCACCAGCCACACCAUCAGUUCGUUAUUCUUUCGCUUCAAUUCUUCUUUUAGCUUUAAAUUUCAAGACUAACUUUGCAUUUGAUUUCUAGACAGCUGAAGCCGCCACCGAGAUCGGAACAAUCUGUAUGUAUCUUAGCACAACUUACACAAUUCUCCACAUCGAAAAGAAAGAAACGUUUUGCUAACCCAAGAAUCUAGAUCUUAUAAUCGUCUCAUUUCUUUCCGUUCUCAUGUUCGACAAACUCAGCGAUACAGUCAUGGGAACAAUACCCAUGAGAACCUACUACAUCUACCGCAUAGCCGUCCUCCCAUUCGUCUACUUCUUUUUAUCCCUCUUCUACCUAACCCUCUCAUGCAUGUGGCACAUACCAUUCUCUCUCCACUUCGGUUCAGCCGGCUAUCCACUUUACUGGAUGCUUUCCUGGAUCUCUAUGAUGGCCUUUGGCCUCACCAUCGAAAACAUAAACAACCUCCUCGGCAUGCCCUUCACGCCUGUUUUCUUCGUCUUCUGGGUCAUCUCAAAUGUUACCACGGGCUUCUAUCCCACGGAAAUGCUCAACAAUUUUUACAAGUGGGGUAUUGUUUGGCCGCUGAGACAUGAUAUGAUGGGUGCGCGAGCUAUUAUUUAUGGUACGAAAAAUACUUUGAGACAAAAUUUUGGAGUCUUGAUUGGAUGGGUGCUGGUUAGUUUGUUGUUGAUGCCGGGAACCGUGUGGUUGCAGAUGAGGAAGAAGAGGGAAAUAAGAGAGGAGAGAAGUAGGGUGAUUUUGGAGAGGGUUUGGGGAGCGCCUGGGAAGGAGAAGGGGGGUAGGUUAAGAUUGCCUAAGUUAAGUCCGCGCAAUUGAAGGAGAGGCCGGGUUGUAAGCGAUGGGGUUGGCUGCUGUGGGUUAGUUAGCAUUUAGAGGGAUGGUUAUAUAUAUAUAUUUUUGCAUACUUCAUGGGUCCUUGAGUAUAAUAA